CAUAUUUAUUGUCCACUGAUUGCACCCAUAUCACAUUUUCAGAAAUUUUGUUCUCUCCACCGACCACAGCUUCUUUUGCUUUGCAGAGUCGUAAUCGAUAAUAUUGUCUGCUCCACUGAGAUCUUCGUCGCUGCCUACCACACAUCCACUGGAAAGGCCCUGGCUUUCACAUCGUCUUUCGCUUCUUCUCACUUGGACUCACCGACCCAGCACGCCAACUCGCUCAACAGCUCGCCUGCGUUGCAGAGAUCGCUCACUUCUGUAGCUGCCGGCAGGAUGAAGAAGGCAUUGGGUCUCAAAUCGCCGGGUUCGGGCUCCAAGAAGAGUCUUGGGUCCGGUGGGUUCGGGUCGGGACCUGGAAAGCCCAAGCGGGUUAUGACGGUGGGUGAGCUAAUGAGGAUCCAAAUGGGGAUUUCUGACGCCAUGGACUCUAGAGUCAGGAGAGCAUGCUUAGGAUUUCUGCUGCUCAGUGAGUUCUGCAGCAUGGUAAGGAAGAUUUUUAUCUAUACAGUAGAGGAAGUCAAGAGGUUGUCACCCAAGAUAAAACUUACACUCAAUGAAGAGGUCAAACCAGGAAAGCCAGAUUCUGAAGCAGCAGUCAACACAGAAGACCAGUCAUCCAUUGUGGGAGCUGCAUACUGAUCUGCCCCUUUGUCUCUAGCUAUAUAAUGAAUAAUUGGAAAAAAAAAAUUGGAAAAUGGAACUUGAUUGUCACAUGAGAUUCUGUCUGCUAGGAUGAUGCUAUCUAUGACAAAGUACACAUGCUGGAAGAAUUGGUUGAGUUUCCCUGCAUGCUGAAAUGGAGGGGGGCAGUGGCCUGUAAUGCACAUGCAAUCUGGAGAGUCACUACUCGUGACAGGGUUUGGGUGUUAUGGUUAUUGGUUGUCUAGUUUUGCCAAGAGGAUCUCAUAGUGCUUACUUGUUUGGGCGAAUUGAGUCAGUGGUAGUCCCACUGGAGCAGCUCAAGUCCUCUGAUUUUACUGAUCAA